ACAUAUUUAUUUGUAAGUUACAUAGUAACAAAGAAUACAACAACAUAUGUAAUUCAAAACACACACAAAAAAAAUUCUUUCCUUCUCGUAAAAGAAAGAAACAAAAACAAAAAACACAAAAGGCAUUCGUCAGCUUUAUUACAAAACACCAUCACUUCUUCUUCUUUCUUUGUCUGAGUCCCAAGAAUGGAAGACUUCAGAUCCAGAUCGUACAGUGACGGAAGAACAUCAGACCUUCAAGUACAAUAUUCAGCUCACGGCCGGAGAUCUAACGGACCAGAUUCAUUCAGUGGUAACGGUGGUAUGCAAGAUCUUAGGUCUUACAGCACUUCCUACACAGAGUACCCUAGCCGGAUACCCGAAGACCCGACGACUAAUCAGAAGAAAGGAAGAUUGUCAUCAUCUUCAUCGUCUUCUUGGGGUGGUUUUGUGGAUCCAGAUUUACAGAGGAAGAAGAGAGUUGUGAGUUACAGAGCUUAUACUGUUGAAGGUAAGCUUAAAGGCUCUUUCAGGAAAAGCUUCAAAUGGAUCAAAGAUAAAUGCAACAAAUUACUUAAUUAAAUUCAAGCCAAUGUGCAUGCUUAAUGAGAUUAUUUAAACUUUCCGUUUUUUUUUUUUAAUUUAUAUAUUUGAUGAUUUCGAUCCACUGUCAAUCUUUUUAUCAUUUUUGUGUGUGUUUUAGUUUGUGGUGGUAGUAGUAAUUGUGUAACAACAAUAAUUAAUAGAUUCAUAUCGGGGAUAAGUUUAUGAUUCUUAUUCGAUUUUUGACGUAUUCUAAAUUAUUUGUUUGGCAAGUAA